GUCACUUCCUUGCGACCUGUCGUCACUUCCUCCAAAGCACCCAAUGAGAUACUUUUUAGCGUACCCUACUGUGUUAUGAUUGUAGGUACUGCAGAACACCACCUUGUCAAUAUCGUCUUGAGCACACUACUACCUGCUUUCUUCUGUGACGAUGUCCAGUCGUGCUCUUCGGAGGCUGCGAGGAAAACAGCGGGGUCAAGAGGCUAUAGAUCCAUGCGAUCUGCGUAUUGAGGACGGGGCUGAAACUCUGGAGUUAGGGGAGCAGGAAGAGGCAUUGGAAGAAGGUGUUCUACAGACGGCAAAGAAUAGCAGUAGGAAAUCUAAGAAAAACAAAGCACAGAAAAAUCUAAUCAACAUAUACGAACUGAUAUGCGACGCAGAGAACGACACGGAGAAAUGUCUGACAGAUGAAGAAACUGGUGCCAGGAUAGAGGAAAAGAGUGACAGUAGGCACAACGAGAAGGAAUGCCCACUAGGGGACACGAGCACGGAAAGGGCAAACACUACUGAAAAGGCAUGCAAGAAGAAGAAGAAAAAGAAGAAGAAAAAAGCAGCCACAGUAGAAGACACACAGCAAGAAGAGGUACCCAGGGAUGAUCUGGAUGCCUUGCUGGAGACUAUUGAUAGCACCAAUGGUCUCUCCCAUCAUACUGGGACGUGUGGAAACUCAGACAGCCGGCCUGUGUUAUAUGUGGAGCACAGGAAUCUGAAUCCAGAAACGGAAUUGAAAAGAUAUUUUGGUGCUCGUGCAGUACUGGGGGACCAAAGGCCGAGGGCAAGACAGAGACAGUUCCACCGCAGCACGUGGAUAACAGUCGCCAAAGACACUUGGCCUCGCUUCAGCAGACCAGGGAUCUCCAUGACUCUUCUGGAGUCAAGGGAUGGCUUGCAGCACUUUGCCUUUGUGCACAACCGAGACUACCAGCAAGUCCAAUUCAAGUUCUUGGAUGCGGUCGAGUCCAUGGACCCUAACAACAUUGUGGCUCUCCUGCAGGUUAACCCCUACCACGUGGACUCCCUGCUGCAGCUCUCUGAUGUUUGCCGCAUUCAGGAGGACCAGGAGAUGGCCAGGGACCUAGUCGAGCGGGCACUCUACAGCUUUGAGUGUGCCUUUCACCCUGUCUUCAGCCUGACGUCAGGAACCAGCAGGUUGGACUACCUGAGGCCUGAGAACAGGGCUUUUUAUCUGGCCUUGUACAAACACAUGAUGUUUCUGGAGAAGAGAGGAUGCCCCAGGACUGCGCUGGAAUACUGCAAGCUGAUUCUGAGCCUGGACUCGGAGAACGACCCGCUCUGCAUGCUGCUGCUGGUGGACUUCCUGUCCCUGCGCUCUCGGGAGCACGCCUUCCUCAUCCGGCUGUUCGAGGAAUGGGAGGGCCACCGCAACCUGUCCCAGCUGCCCAACUUCACUUUCUCAGUGGCCCUGGCCUACUACCAGCAGAGCCUGCAGGAUGACCUGGCUUUGGAGGAGGCCACUGGCAUAAAGCAGAAGGCUGACCAGCUGCUGCAGGACGCCCUCAUUAUGUUCCCUGGGGUGCUGAUGCCCCUCCUCGACCUCUGCUCCGUUCAGCCCGACGCCGCUGUGUCUUCCCACGCCUUCUUUGGACCUAAAAGCCAAUAUAGGCAGCUGCCUGGCCUCAGUGAGCUGGUGUCCCUGUAUGUGGGUCGCUGCCACAGCCUAUGGAAGGAAGCCAGUGUCCUGGUCUGGCUGGAGGGCAAUGUGCAGGAUGUCCUGCAGCGAGUGGACAAGAAAGAUCCCCUGGUGGAGGACUGCGAAAACAAGAGGAAGACAAGGUACCAGAGUACUCCGAGGAGCAUACAUCGCCACGUCAUCCUGUCAGAGAUCAAGGGUGCCUUGGCCACGCUGCCUCUGGAGGUGACCACUCAGCCGCUGAUGGGUUUCGACCCCCUGCCCCCCCUGGAUUCUGUGGUAUCGUACACCAGGCCUGAGAGGCCAAACGUGAGGACUUCUGAGAAUUCUUUGUCACUUUUCUUCCGUUCUCUGUUGCCAAAUUUCAACCUGCAGAGAGGCGCAGGACCUGGGGAUGAACAGGAGGUGGCCCGGGCAGGCAGAGAGCUCAACCAGGAAGUCAACCGGCUGAUGGUGGCCAUGAGGGACAUGCUAGCCAACAUCCAGGUCCUGGAUCCCCCACGGGAAGAUGAGGCAGAGCCAGAGCGGGAUGAAGAGGAGUGGGACUGAGCUGCCGGGGGGGCGGGGGCCGGAUGGUGCUCCGGGAAGGACUGCAGGCAACACAAGUUUAGCUGCACCUCUGCCAUCAACUUUGUUCUUGAAUUUUUAGGGUAAAUGGAUUCACAUCUUAUACAGUCAUACUACCUGUUCCACAAUCUGCUACAACUGUUGUAGGGCUGUAUGAAUGAGAGAAGUCUUGUUCUAUUGUUAGACAACAGAUGAUGAUUGAUUAUGAUGAUGAUAAUGAAACCAUUGAUCUUUAAGUAUCUAUAAAUUAACAUUGUUAAUAAAACUUGUGUUGUUUUCAAGUGCCUUCAAAGGGAGCAGUGAAAAAUGAAGCCCACAAUCUGAUACUGUACUGAAAAUACCUACCCCCCAUUAAAAUUUUGAUCGUUAUAUUAACGGUA